CGGAAGCAUGUUAAGCGAAAGCUUCUUCUAUUCCGUCCAAAACCAUUUGAACCAUUUGAAGAUUGGAGCUAGGGUUCAACUCAUUCAAAACUGUACGUUACCGUUUGGUUUUGCCGAUUGGGUCUUGUUAAUUGUUCUUGAUGGAUCCAAAUGAAAUUUAAACCUCUUCGUUUCUGAGAGCUCUUUUCUACAGUCCGACGCGGAUACUAACCAAUAUUCUGCUGUUUUUAGUUAUCGAAAUUUAAAGUCUGAUCUUUGACUUAUAACCACGGAAAUUUCCGUUGAAGCAGUACUAGUAGAUAGUGUGUUGCUUAUGGAUGUCCAGUUCACUAUUUUGUCUCCAGAUUUGGGCUCAGGGUGACCUAGUGCAAAUAUGCAUGGUGUACUGAGUAAAUUGACAUUUGAGGAGAGGAACGAAGAAAGUUUUGAGGAUUAUACAGCUGUGACUGACUGGGAAGUUUUUACACAAGAACUUGAAAAUUGUUUAACAAGUUGGAUGAUAAAACAGGAUACUGAAGUCUCUUCAGUUUGUGAACGUGUCCAAUUUUGUGGAAACUUAAAAUUUGGUGAGAGAAUCUUCAAUUUAAGUUACUAUAAAUCUUGCAUUGAAUCUGAACAAACUAAGAAUUCGACCCAUACAAUCACAUCCGAAAGUAUUUCGAGAAACUGUGUUCGUGUUAUUACUCCCAUACCUGAUUUCAGUGGACGAUUUAUUAUUCCAUUAUUCUGGUUUGGUUUAUCUCAUGCAUUCAUUUUAAAACCUGAUGAUGGUGUGAUUAAAGGUGGAACACGACUUAGUUUAUUGCUUAGUUCAGUUGAAAUGGCUGUUUAUGCAACACGAUGUCCUGUACCAGUUUUGGUGGAACAUUAUGGACCUACAUAUUUUGGUUUGGCUGCAUCAUCUUGUCUUACAUCAAGUGAUUAUACGAAUUAUCUUCACAAUAAUAUUAAUACAGUAUCAUCAUCAUUAUCAACUUCUAAUCGGAUUGGUUCAUUAAAUAUUGAUUUUACUUGUUGCCGUAUUGAAAGUGAAAUAUUAGCUAAUUGUACACAUCUUAGUGGGCUAAAAGAAAUAUUCCUUACUAAAUUGGGUUAUCCUUGGAGUGUGAAUUAUCCUGUUCCAAAAUUAGAUAUUUCAGCCAGAUUCAUAUAUCAUCUACCAUCAUGGUCGUCAUUACGAGUGGAGUAUCAGAAUACUAACUCGUUAAUGUUCUCAUUUGACUUAUUACAAAGAUCUUCAUUGAAUCUAUCGUUUAAUUUAGCUACUACUUGGCCGUUAGUACCUAGCCAUGCAAUCACUGAGAAACCGUCAUGGAAAUCAUUAAAGCCGGAAGGUGCACCAAUUUGUCAAUUACAAUUAUGUGCAAGUAAUCCAUUCGCCGAUAAAAUGAGUGUACGAAUUCAGAGGUUGUUCAAAUGUUGUUCUGAAUAUGAACAACCUAUUCAAACGACUGAUAUCUCAUCAGACAAUCCUAGUUCCGUUUUGUCAAGUGAUUCAGUCAUUCAGUUUCUACUAUUUCUUUUUCCUGAUGCUGACGCUGAAGGUGUUUGUAAUAAAGUUCUUCAUAAUGAACUAACAUCAUCUUUUGGUGAUUUAUCAAUACAUGAAUUGUUAAUAUGGAAACGUCAACAGAUUAUGAAUUCUUCAGAGAGACAGAAAUUUGCUUCUAUUUUUGGCUUACCAAAUCCUACUUCGUUAAUACAUCGUUUAGCUGUGAUCAUUGCUAAUCUUCUUGUUUAUAAACAUUAUGAAUUCAGUGAUUGUUUAUUAUUGAUCAAUUCGAUUUUUAAUGAAUUUUACAUUGAGUUACAACUACGUUAUGAUCGUCUAAUAUGUUUACCAUCACAAAUAUUAUACGAAGAAGUAUUCAACAGUAAUGAGAUAACAGUAGAAGAAGUAUCAGUUGAUGAAAAUAAACCAUCGUUAAAUGCAUGGAAUCACAAUUCAAUCCAAUCAAUUAAUGGAUUAAAAUUUAAAGAUUGGCCUAUUGAUUGUUACUACAAUUUGGAUUGUAUUUUACAUCGAUUUAAUGGGUGCAUUUUGAAGGCUAGAGAAGGUCAUCAACAUCAAAUAUUAAAAGUCCAAAGUAAUUAUGAUGACGAUGGUGAUGCAUAUUUUGACGUUUAUGAUGAAACUUUGCCAUCAUCUCAUGAUGACGUUAAGUCGGUUCAUCCGAAAACUAAUUGGUUAGAUGCUUGCUCUAGAAAUGAUGCAUUAUCGGAAGCAGAAAGUAUACUUGAUUGGCUUAAAUCAAGGUCUUUAAUUGAUCAUUUACAUUCACUUCUACCGCAUAUCAUACUAGAAUGUAUGCUUACAUUCCAUUCUUUAAUCCCUCAUUGUCGACUAUCUAAAUGGUAUUCGUCUAUGCUCAAAAAGCUUGAUCAGGAAAUCUAUGAUCUAUUAAAAAUUCAUUCUUCUAAACCGGCGAAUGUGGACGUAGUAUCAAAAAUCACAAAAUCUUUUCCAUUGUCAACAUUUUGUGAUAUCUUAGAAAUUAUUUCUGAAUUUUCAAUUCAAUUCACAUGUUUCAAUGAAUUAAUUUAUAAUGUUAUUCUUUGUGAUUAUACUUAUAUGUUAGAUUCGGAUGUAUUUUUAAAUUGUCUAUGUAAAUUAUCCAAUCAUGUUAAUCUAUUGGAAAAUAUAACCGGUCAAUUGAAUGCAUGGUCACCUAGUUUAGGCGGUUGGAUUAAUUUGUCCAAUACGACGACUACUACCAGUACAACUGUUACUAAUGGGAAUGUGAAAGAAACUGAACGUGAUAUGAUUUUAAAAUUAUUGAAAAUGUUAUUUGAUAAAAGUAUCCCUAAUGAAUUAAAUUCAACAGGUGAAGGAAUAUUUCAAUUUACCAGUAUUCCACAAACAUGGUUACCACCAAAUCGUCCAGUUGAUCUAAGACGUCCAAAUUAUGAAUUAUAUUUAUUCUAUACUGAAUUACCUUAUCCAAAUCAAUUAACUAGUCGAUUAGGUUCACAUCGUUUAUAUAUUGAAUUACAUUAUGAUAAACAAAUAUCAAAUUAUAAAAUUUUAUUAAUGGCUGGUAGUUUUAGUCAUGAUACACAAUUUUUUUAAGUAAAUCACCAAAAAUGUGGCGCUUGCUCCCCAAUCUUUGCCUUUGUGUAUACAUCCGAUCCUCCUUGCUCAUCGAUGAUGCUGUCAAGGUACGUGAAAGAAUCCACCUCUUCCAGAGUUGGUUGGUUGAAAGUUGUUCUGAGUUCCAUAUGUUGUUCAAUUUUAGGCCUUACCAAUUAACACCUUCAUUAUUCCAUAUUAAUACGUUUUCAUAUCUUCUUUAACAAUGUUAUUGUAAUGAGUUUCAUAGUUGUUAUUUAUCACAAUUUAACCAUUUAAUCAGUUAAACUAUUCAACUAUUCAUUUUCUUCUUAGUAUUCCCAUAAUGCUUUGAUCUAUUAUUAUUAUCACCCGAAUUACUAUCAUCAUUAAUAAAAUAUGUUGUUUUUCUUAAUGAGUUAUUCAAUAGAGGAUUGUUGAAACGUUGGAAAUUUGGUCAAGUAUAUAGAAGAGUUUAAAUAAAAAUCAAUAAUUAUGAAAACGAGUAAAAUUUCAUGAACAACAGAAUGUAAAUAAGAAUAAAUAAGUUUGAAUAACAAACUAUAACGAAUAUUCAAUGAGAAUAGAAAUGACUUAAGAAUAUGAAUGAAUAACUUUCUUAGGUCAUUAUUAUUCGAUCAUAGGUGAAUCUUCCUGGUACCAUCGAGUAAGUAGUGUAAUUGUUGAGAAAACAGGUAUUAGGUAAGGAUGGUGAGUUAAUUGGUGAAGUAGUGAAACUUGGUCAGUUGAGUUGUCUGGGACACGUGUUACGUAUGCUCAACCACCGACUACCCCGACGAGCCACGUUUUAUGGUGUAGGAGAAGGUUGGAAAAAGCUAGGGGCGGCCAGACCAAAACAUAGCACAAAUGCAUGAAGUCACUGACAAGUGAACUGAGACAUGUUGGUAGAUGUAAAGUAUCUGGUCGGGAUCCGCGAGACGAUAGCAAUCGAUGGUUAGAGACCUUGAAUGACAUGGCUCAAAAUUGUUUUCAAUGGCCCAGGUGCAUCCACUCUUUGUGUUCUCCCAAAUUCUAAUCUUCUGAAUUCUUCAUGUCCCUUUCUUUUUUCUCUUUCCAAAUUUAUUUCACUGAAUUAUACUGUUUGAAUAACAUCUUCAAACCCUAAUGUUUUCGAUUACUGCUUAUACUCUUACUACCACUAAGGAAUUUGAAUCGAUAAUUGUAUCUGUGAGCUAAUAUGGUAUGGCAACUCGAUCUGAUGUAUGUACUUACGCACAAAGUUCUAGAUUGUUGCUGACUGACAUAAAUAUUAGUACAAAGGGGCACCGAAUACAUAUGGUCCACACACGUCACUUGAAUUGCAUGUAGGUUGUGAUACUGCACGGGUAUCCAGAUCAAAGCAGGUGGCUUUCUUGAGGGAGGAGUGGACCACGCCCAGAGAUAUAUAUUUUGCCAAAAUACAUCCGUAUAUAGAUUGAGAAAAGACUGACUAUUAAACUGAAUUUGUUUUCUUUCAUAAUAUAUUUGUUAUUAUUCUGACUAUACAACUUAGUCACAAUUUUAUUUAAUAAAGUUUAAAUGUUUAUAGAAAACUAUAGAAUCUAAAUAAGCGUUGUACUACAGCAGUUUUCUUGGCAACAAAAUAGAUAGACCAUAAAACCAAGUUUAAACAAGAAACCUUUUUGAUACUGUAUGAUAAACAACCAAUUCAUUCAAGAUGAACAUCAUCAUCAUUAGAAAUAGGUGACUAACUAACUUAAAUUGACCAGUACAUGGUGAUAAAGGUUUAACCACUAAAAUGUAAAUUCUUUUUAAUCAAUGAUGAAUAGAAUCAAGUAGAGAAAAAAAUAAUCAUCUUUCAAUAUGGUUUAUAUAGAUGAUAGAAAAAAAAAGGCAAGUUCGAAUUGCGGAGAAAUGCAAUAGUAUUGAUUAGCCUUAAGGAUAUUCCACGGUAUUCUAAUCAAAAUAGUUGGUUAAACAUGAUGGUUUGUUUUUUAUUAUUCAAUCAGAACAGGAUAGAAUUUACCAAUUACUAACUGGUCAACUAAUCUUAAGACGAUUAAUUUAUAGAAACAGACAUAGAACAGUAAUCUUUAUUGUUGUGACUUUAUGUCCGGUUUUUAUCACGUGAUUUAUCCACUAAUCAAAAUACGACUUAUACAAUUUUGGUGGAGUUUUGUUCUCUGAGCUGGAUGGUUUGAUCGUGGAGCUUCCAUCAUUCUUCUGAACGACAUCAUCAGCACAAACGACACAGAGGACAAAGAAGAAACACCUUAAAGAAAAAACUAAUCAAUAUAUCAAAACCACCCAUGGAAGAAAACACAAACAACUGCAUGAUCAAUCUGUCAAAACAACCACUAACAAAUACGGAAGAACACCUGCUCCAAAAGGGACUAAACUACAAUACAAGCGACGCCUCAAAACUGGAAUUCUUCGCAGCACUAGAGUCAUCACUCAAAACAUCCGGGAUCAGUGAAGAAAUAGAACAGGAAAUAAGGCAAACUAUAGUACCGAUAACUCAACUGGUGAAAGAAAACAACCAACUGACUCCACAAGAACAAAAGGCCUUGAAAGAACUCAGAAAUAGAAAGGAUAUUGUCAUAAUACCAGCGGACAAAGGACGCACCACAGUUAUCAUGGACAAAGAAGAAUACAUCAACAAAGCCGAAGAACUACUCGAAGAUAAGAGCACAUACAAACUGAUGGACACAAAUCCCGUCAAAAAAUUAGACAACCAAAUUUCAAAGAUUUUAAACAAGCUAGUCAAAGCAGGAGAAAUAACAAAACAAGACCAAUGGAGAACGAAAUCCAGUGGACCAGUACGACUUAUACAAUCUUCGCACUGUGCCAAACCAAUGACGUCCGACCGGUAUGAGCAGCCUAGCGUUUUAUUUGGUCCUAUGUCUGCCUAGCCCGUCCACUUGAGUCCAGAAAACCAAUACCAGCUUCCGAUAUGCGAAUCGAAUUAUUUAUUUUAGACAUACUUGGUUUAUAUAUCAAACAAACAAACCACAACGCACCAUAAAAUAGGAAAUAACAUUUGUACACAAUAAAGCCAAAACGUGACUGUGAACGUGGGAGGCAGAAGUCAAUAAACUGAGACAAUAACUCUAGUCUCUGUGUGAAGAAGUACCUUAUAAUAUCUUUUUGGUUUCUUUCCAGUUAGUCAGCUACAAUGUAGGAACAGGCACAUAUAAGCAUCGGUCCAAAUUGCCAUACCUCAUUAGCACAACAAGAUGAACACCGAAUUCAUAGUAGUUAAUUCAAUGAUGGUAAUAUAUAAAAGAAAAAUUGAAUAUAAGGGAGGAAGAAUUACUUUGUAGAGAGAAAGAUAUAAAGCAG